UCAGAAUUCGUUUUAGAGGUAUGGUUCCUUUGGAAAAGUUUCUUAUUUUGAUCCCUAGAAUAUGUUUUUCACAGAGCAAUGGGCGAUUUUUUUGCCUCCCCACAAAUCGAUUGUACACCCACAUUUGCUUAUAUAUAUUUUCUAACAAAAAUCCACAUAUUCAGGCAUACAUACGUAGCUCACGUGCGAAAACAUGCGUCUUGUGUGUUCAUAUGCACAUAUACCAAUGCACGUGCAUAUGCAUCUCUGAUCCCUUGUCCUAACACAAUCCAGGCACAUUUUCUUAUGAUGUAUCAAACAUCGUUUGGCUCAAGUUGAAACAAAAUAAGACCAUUGCUUAUCGACCAUUUUUAUCAGUUUUCAUGACAGUCGCGUGUACACUACCAGAACAUUGAUUUAAAUCCGGACUCACUACAAUAACAUCCCUCAAAGUAGUUGAAGAGUAUUUUAUGCUGUUAUAACAACAACCAUUCUUGACGCGAUACAUGUAUGUACAUAUGUACAUAUGUAUGUGAGCCCUACUGGCUCGCGACUGUAUGUAGUAUUGUUUCGCAAAAUGUUAAUAUGAGAGGAUCAAAGCAAGUUUCGAACUAAAUAAUGAUGAAAGAAAUUUAAAAAAUACUCGGUUCUUUUACCUGAUGAGAUGAUCAAAUUAAAUUUCGAACUAAAUAAUGAAGAAAGAAAUUAAAAAAAUGAAGCAUAUUUUACCAUGAAUUGUACACUUCCUUUUGACGCUCACUGUAUGGACAUAUACAUAUACUCGCUUUGCAGUCAUCAACACUUUUGUUAACACAAUGAAAUAUGCCAUUCAAAAGGGAGCUGUAAAAUGCUCUUCGUAGAAUAUUGAUUGUUCGUUAGAGUGGAAUCAUAAAACCAACCAUUAACUGACCCACGCAGUGCAACGGUCGUAGGUAGAUUUGCCAUUAGACGAAGCAUCUCACCCAUAUUUACAAUGCGAUCACGCACAAGGCAAUCAGUUACAAGCAAAUAAAAAAAAGGCAGGUAGAUAAGAUGUCAAACAUUUUCAAAUGCUUGCUACAUAUUUGUUUUGAGCACAUACACCAGCUCAAAAUUCGGUAGAAUCCAUGUUUUGUGCAUUUGUGCAACGUGUUGCAAGUAGAAUUUCUUCGUUUUGAAAUGAUUCAGUUUAUUAUGUUCGCUAGCAGCAAGCAGGCAAGCGGAUUGGAGAGGGCAUGCGACUGGGAAAUUGUUAAAAAAAAAAAUAUAUAUAUAUUUUUAAUGCUUGCUUAGUUUCAACAGAAUCUAUGAACAUGGAUUAUAGAACCAUUUGCUGGUUGAUUAUCAUGAAGUUUGCCUUCGCACAUCAGGAUUUAUCACCAUCGGCGAAACGUCAACAAGCGCUUUAUAUCCAUUCAUUGCUAUACUAUCCAGCGCAUCAGCACUUAAGGGCACAGAAAGCGGCAUCGAGCAAGCCGAAUAGCAGCAUCACGGAAUUGCCAACGAGUGUAACGUCUACAAAUACCACGACCGCACCACCGAUAAGCAGUUUCCACGUAGUUUCCAACAGCAAACAUAACUCCAGCACGGCCUAUGAUUCCAACAAGCAAGCCAGCGAAAACAUCACAUCUAAUUUAACGGUACAUACGCUUGAAGUUUCUACGGACAACACAAUUUACACACCUGUUGAGUUUCCACAUGAGUUGCUAGAGAUUGCGCGCUCAAAGCUCGGCCUCAAGACACUCGAUGAAGUGCCUAGCAUAAGUGAGUUGGCUGAAUUUCUCGGGACUGUUAAUACAGAGGAAACCCUCAAAUAUAUACGCCGAUUGACGAGCACAGAGGAAGGUGUCACGCUGAUAAAAAAAUACCUCGAGUCGGCAGACUUCACCAAUCGCACCGAGGAAACACGUCGACGCCAUCAACAACAGGAAACGAACGUAAAAUCGGCGCUUGUAGAGUCCAAAAAAGCGAAAAGCAAUCUGCUGCAGCGUGUGGCUGCAUAUUUUCACAUUUACAACCUAUGGCCCCAGAAAGAUGGAGAAACUGAUGAAGCUGACAUACGCAAGCAGGUGCAACAACAGCUAACUAAGUAUAUUAAACCACAAUUGGAGUAUAGAAAACGUAUGCAAGUGACAGCCGCUCAUAAAGCAGGUAGUUACGCUGCAGCUACACCGCAUCAAAUACCGUUACUAGUGCGCAAUCCGUUGCCCUAUCACUAUCCUAUACCUUUGCGUCCCCUUCUGAGCGCGCGUCUGCCACAAAAUAACAAUGUCACAGACAAUACACUGUCACAGUCAGCCGCCUUCUCACCAGUCCAUUUGAACACGCCGAGAUUCUAUCUGCCGUCGCAUAUACAACUAGCGCGCGCUACCAAUAUACCACCACAACAAUUGCAAACGCUGCUGCAAAGCAAACCCAAGCUUGCUGAAUUGGCCGCCAAGGUGAGCCAUUUGCCGCUGACCAACGAUCGCUCGGCACUCAUUGAUGCACAGCUGCUGGCGGCGGUGAAACGUGCUGUGGAGCAGGAUGAUGACUUGCGCAAACUGCUACAGACAACCGCAGAAACACUUAAGUAGUAGGAGUAAGAUGAGAGUUAAUUUUUAUAUUUUAGUAUUAAUGAAAACUGCCUUGAAAUAAAUAAGAAAAUAAAAAUUUUAAA